AUUCCUAAUUAGUAAAAAGAUUUAACUUUGAUCAAUCAAAAUUAUCACAAACUUAUUUGUCAUCUUGAGCUGAAUUUUCUCAAAAGAGUUAUUAGGGAUUGAAGUUGGAAAAGAAAGGGGGAAAACACAGUUACCUGAAAAGGCGAAACAGCUCAUACUCCGACUUGGCGGUGUAGCUACAAUGGCGGACGAAGAUUUCCCUCCUCCGGUGAGGUUGAUGAAUUUUGUCUCUGAAGAACAGUUGGCAGAAUCCAAGAAAACUCGGGGUGCUCGGGUUGAAGACGGAACUGCUCAGAGAGAUCGCCCUCUUUAUGAGAUCUUGAAGGAGAAUAAGGACAAGAAAGAUGCUGAAUUUAAUGAACGCUUUAAACACCAACCACCCAAAGCCUUGGAUGAGGACGAGACCGAGUUUCUUGAGAAGCUUGAAAUGUCAAGGAGAGAAUAUGAGAAGCAAGUGGCUGAUGAAGAAGCUGAGCAGCUGCGAAGUUUUCAAGCUGCUGUUGCUGCAAAGUCUACGAUUGUACAGGAAAUCAAGGAGAUGCCUCCCGUUCCUAAACUCCAGGAGCAGACAUUAAUUAGGAGGAAGAAUCCUCCAGCGAAUCCAUUGGGAAUGAUUGUCAAAGUUAGACCACAAGCAAAGAAAGCUAAGAUGGAUCCGGGAACUCCAGAUUCUUAUUUGACAAAUACCAAAACAUCCAAUAAUGAUAAAAAACAGCCUUCAUCAGAUGUUGAUAACGUAUCCAAAUCUGAAACAGAAGAAUCCCAGAGAUUAAUAAAAGGACCUAUUGGCAAUGCUGACAACCACGAACCUGUCACAAUAGGUGGUUUGGUUUCCUAUAGUGAUGAAAGUGACGAUGAUUGACUGUGGCAUGUUCAUAUAUCAAUGAGAAUUUGCCUUGGUUUAACCACGUCUAGAGAGGAACUAAAACCAAACAAAUUCACUGUCACAUCCUUUUUUAUGUGUUCUAGAACAUAGACACAAACUGUUUUCUUCAAGCAUGUACGAUGUUAAAUUUCUGUAGAAGUAACAUGAUUUUUGUAGUAGUAUGGUUUAAAUGGUGUAGUGAUACUCGGCUAGGUUUUUGCUUCUUUGGAGUAAGGAUGAAGCCAAAGAGUUAGCUUAGAAUUUUGUAUACUUCUUAGAACAUAACAAUUGAAGUAUCCGUUAUCAAGAAAUUUGGGGUUG